GGCGAAAAAUUCAAUGCAAAUAGAGCCAUUUUUAUUAUUGUUUAAUUGUAAUUUUUGUAAAAAUUAGAUUCUUUUUCAUAUAUAUUCGUAUAUAAGUUUCACUUAAAAUUUUGUUCUACAUCUAUAUAAUUUGGCUGAAGAAUAAGUACUGACGCACCUUCUACUUUAUUUAUUUAGUAAAAUUAUUUAUAGUGAAUUGUUUUCAAACAUUUAUCAAAAAAUGAUUCAUUUCAUCACAAUGUGUGCAAUAAUAUACUGAAAUUAAUAAAUAUAACUCUCAGUAUUUCAUGAUGUGGAUAUGAAAAAUGAAAAAUAAAAUGCCACCGUUUAGAAGAAAAAAAUCUGGGAAAUCAUUUCCUGUAAAGGUUUGCACGUUGGAUGCUGAAUUAGAAUUCAAUCUUGAAUGGCGAGCAACAGGAAGAGAUCUUUUUGAUCUAGUAUGUCGAACUAUUGGAUUGAGAGAGACUUGGUACUUUGGGCUCCAAUAUGAAGACUCAAAAGGAUUCAUAUCUUGGCUUAAGUUAGAUAAGAAAGUACAAGAUCAAGGCAUUUCGCAACAACCAACAACAUCUUUCAUGUUUCUGGCUAAAUUUUAUCCAGAAGAUGUUGCUGAAGAAUUAGUCCAAGAAGUUACCCAACAUCUAUUUUUUCUUCAAGUUAAACAGGCUAUUUUAUCUAUGGAUAUUUAUUGCCCACCAGAAGCUUCGGUAUUAUUAGCAUCUUAUGCUGUUCAAGCUAAGUAUGGAGAUUAUGAUGAAGGUUCUUAUCGACCGGGGAUGUUAGCAAGUGAACAUCUACUUCCUCAGAGAGUCAUUGACCAAUAUCAGAUGACUUCAGAAAUGUGGGAAGAUAGAAUUAAAAUUUGGUAUGCUGACCAUCGUGGUAUGUCUCGUGAUGAAGCUGAAAUGGAAUAUCUCAAAAUUGCACAAGAUCUUGAUAUGUAUGGUGUUAAUUACUUCACUAUAAGUAAUAAGAAAGAAACUGAUUUGUGGCUUGGUGUAACGGCACUUGGGUUGAAUAUCUAUGAAAAAGAAAACAAAUUAGCUCCAAAAACAACAUUUACUUGGUCUGAAAUACGACAUAUCAGUUUUGAUGAUAAGAAGUUUGUGAUAAAACCAGUAGAUAAGUCAUCACCGAAUUUUGUUUUCUUUUCACUAAAAGUUCGCAUGAAUAAAUUGAUUUUGGACUUGUGUAUUGGUAAUCAUGAUUUAUUUAUGAGACGACGUAAACCAGAUUCUAUGGAAGUGCAACAGAUGAAAGCACAAGCUAAGGAAGAAAAGUCGAGACGACAAAUCGAGCGCAAUAAAUUAGCCAGAGAGAAAAAAUUACGAGAGACCGCUGAAAGAGAAAAGGCUGCAAUGGAACAACGCUUGCUACAAUAUCAAGAAGAGAUUCGUUUAGCUAAUGAAGCAUUGCGGAGAUCUGAGGAAACAGCCGAUUUAUUAGCUGAGAAAAGUCGUGUUGCCGAAGAAGAAGCCAUGCUGUUGAGUCAAAAAGCCUCAGAAGCUGAACAAGAAAUAACUCGAAUCAGAUUAAAUAAUAUGAAGACUGAAGAAGAGAAAGUUCACUUAGAACGUAAAACUAGAGAAGCGGAAUUGCUUACGGAACGGUUAGUUCAAGAAUCUGAACGAAGAGCUGCAGAAGCUGAAAAAUUGAAAGAUGAAUUACUUCGUGCUCGAAUAGCUGAAAAGGAAGCUAAAGAAAAGCUAUUAGAAUUUUUAAGUCGAAAUGCUUAUACAGCAGCAAUAACACCUGUGCCUAAUUUAUUUCCAUCGACGCAAGUACUUCCAUCGGAUUUGCAAGCUGAUCUUCAAACUCUCCAACUAGAUACUGAUCCUCUUCCUUCAGAUUUAACAUCAUACGACCUUAUUGCGGAUGGAGAUGUUGAUCAACUGUCUUUGGAGAUCGAAAAAGAAAGAGUGGAUUAUUGGGAAAAGAGUAAACACUUACAGGAGCAACUUCGUGAGUUACGAUCUGAAAUUGAAGUUAUGAAAGUGGGUGAAAAACAAUGCAAUUUAGACCAACUCCAUGAUGAACAAGUUAGACUUGGAGAGAAUAAAUAUAGUACUCUUAAAAAAGUUAAAUCUGGAUCAACGAAAGCAAGAGUUGCCUUUUUUGAAGAACUUUAAUAAUCUUACGUAUUAUAAACGGACAAAUUUUUUUAAUUCAUGUAUAUAGAAUAACUCAUUACUGUUAUCAUCAGAAAAAUUUUAUAAUAAGAAAGCUGUCUUAACAAAUUUUCAUGGUGACAUCGUGAUUUUUUCACUUUUAAAAUUAGAAAUAAAUACAAACUAUUUAUUUUCCACAUAUAAUAACUACAAAUAGUAUUGUAAAAAUAUGUAUGUAACUUUCAUUAUAUACAUAACAGAAAAUUUAUAUUAGACAAUUUUAUAUUGAAAGAUGAUAAUACUGAUCAUAGGUUUAAUUAUUACAUAC